GGCUCACCGACUGCACGGGCUCCUGGCUCCCGGCGCCCACUCCGCCGCGACCUUCCGCCGGCCUCGGUAGGGAGUACCCCCCACCUCGCCGCGCCUCUCCGGAUCCUGGAGCCCCUGCUCCGCGGCCUUUGGCCCCCAGUCCCGCCGGACCCCGCACGGCACCCACUUGCCCGCCCCGUUCCAGCCUGGAAGCACAGGCCGACAGCCGUCACAGCGCCAUGCCCUCGCUAGGGGACCUGGUGCACGACUGGCACCGGGGCGUGCAGGCGGUGGCCCGUGGGGACUGGGGCUGCGCCCUGCGCCUCUUCUCGGGCAACCCGGACCCGCCCGCCAAGAUGUGCUUCAACUUGGGCUGUGUGCACCUGCUGGCCGGGGACCCGGAGGCCGCGCUACGGGCAUUUGACCAAGCAGUGACCAAGGACACAUGCAUGGCUGUUGCCUUCUUCCAGCGAGGUGUGGCCAACUUCCAGCUGGAGAGGUUCCAGGAGGCCCUGUCUGACUUCCGGCUGGCCCUGGCGCAGCUGAGGGGUAAUGCGGCCAUCGACUACACGCAGCUGGGCCUGCGCUUCAAGCUGAAAGCCUGGGAGGUGCUCUUCAACGUGGGGGCGGCACAGUGCGCGCUGGGACUGUGGGCUGAGGCCGCUGGCAGCCUAGAGGAAGCCCUCUGCAAGGGGCCAGAGGGGGCCGGGGAAGACCUGCGUGCCGCCCUGGCCCAAGUGCAGAAACAGGCUACCCUGCAGCUGCGGCAGGUCCCCAGGGGUGAGGUCUUUCGGCCUCACAGGCGGCAUGUGGAGCACCUGGAACCCGUGGAUUUCCUGGGCAAGGCCAAGGUGGUAUCCUCUGCCAUCCCUGAUGACCAUCUCCAGGGCUCCCAGCGUCAGCAGCGCCAGGUUUGGGACACAAAGGAUGCAGCCAGACCUGGACCUGCCCCAUGGGCUGGAGACACAGGCCUCUGUGGAACUGCCGUCUCUGGCAGUCCUGGCGUGCUCCCUGGUGUAAGGACAGAGGCUGGCUUUGGACGGGUGGCGCAGGCUGACCACUGUGCGCCAGUCAUCUACGAUGAGCGGAAGCCCUGCAUGGAGCAAGUUGGCAAACACAUUCCUCCAGGCCCGCCGGCGGCAGGGAGGCCAGAGCCCAGCCCCUCUGAGGACCCCUCCAGCACCAGGGUGGUGGCUGCGGGCGGCCCUGAGUCCUUGGUGACGGUCACCGUGCAGUGUGCCUUCACCCUGGCCCUGAAGGUCCCCUGGGGAGCUGGCCUGCCCCACUUGCGGACCCUGCUGAGCCAGGCUCUCCCUCUGCAGGCCCAGCAUGGGCAGCUCAGUUACCGGGAUCCUAGCCAUGAGGCACGCUGGGUCGCCCUCCCCGGGGAGGAAGCACUGCAGGGGGCCUGGCGAGACACAGCGGCCAGCCCCGGGGGACUGCAGCUGCAGUGCCGGGCAGCAGGCAGCCGGCCAGUCCUGUACCAGGCGGUGGCCCAGCACAACUACUGUGCCCAGGGGCCUGAGGACCUAGACUUGCGGCAGGGGGACAUGGUGGACGUCCUGUGUGCAGUGGACCCGGCGUGGCUGGAGGGCCACUGUGACGGCCGCAUCGGCAUCUUCCCCAAGUGCUUCGUGGUCCCAGCUGGAUGGUGCAUGUGAGGAGCCCGACACCCCAAAUCCAGAGAAGAAAUCGCCCCAGGAUGAUUUCUUCCUGUGGCAAGGAGGGUUUUAAUAAAGCAUCUUCCCCACACUGAA